CUGUAGAAGAUUUCGCGGUUUAUGUUAUGUUAUGAAACUCCACGUGUAAUUUGGUAAACAAACUCAUUCAGAAGUGCGUGAUUUUCAUCACUUUAUCACGAAAACGCACCGACGAAUCUGUGCAUGCAGCUUGACGGCCUGUGCCUUAGUAAUUAAUAGUGAUGGCCGAUAGUAAAGAUCGUAAAUCAAAUAAGCGCAAGCUUGAUUCUGAUAGUGAACAAGCUAACACUGGAAAACCGUCAUCCAAAUUAGCAAAGACAACAAGUCCAACAAAGCAAACUGGAGGCGAUUUUAUAACACAGAUAAUAGGUCUCAGAACGGCAGUAUGUGACUCUGUAGCAGACUUCAAGUUCAACAAGAAGCGGGUGCGUGUAUUAUCUGUAGUGCAGGACUUCCCCGAGUCUUGUAAUGGCAUUGUGUACUGGAUGUCUAGAGACCAGAGAGUACAAGAUAACUGGUCCAUGCUGUAUGCUCAACGUCUGGCUCUAAAACUUAAGGUACCCCUGGUUGUGUGUUUCUGUCUGGUACCCAAAUUUUUAGAGGCCACCAUUCGACAUUAUGGGUUCAUGUUGAGGGGACUCGAGGAAGUAGAACAGGAAUGCCGAUCCCUGGACAUAAACUUCCACUUACUGCAAGGUUAUGCCAAGGAAGUUUUGCCCAGGUUUGUGGAAGACAAUGACAUUGGAGGUGUAGUGACUGACUUCUGUCCCCUGCGAGUCCCACUGGGAUGGGUAGAUGAUGUCAAGGAAAGACUGCCAAAGAAGGUGCCAUUUUGCCAGGUGGAUGCCCACAACAUUGUCCCUUGCUGGGAAGCCUCCCCGAAACUUGAAUACGGUGCAAGAACCAUCAGAAACAAGAUCCACAACCAGCUGUCUGGGUUCCUCACAGAGUUCCCACCAGUGUGCCAACACCCACACAAGUCAAAGCUGAAUUCUGAAAGCAUAGACUGGGCGAGUGUGCGGAGCUCACUGGAAGUGGACCAGUCCGUACCAGAGGUGUCAUGGUCCACGCCGGGAUCUAAAGGAGGCCUCGCCAUGCUAGAGUCCUUCUGUAACGACCGUCUCCGCUAUUUUUCCUCAGACAGGAACAAUCCAAACAAAAAUGCUAUCAGCAAUCUGUCACCAUGGAUACACUUUGGGCAGAUCUCUGUACAGCGCUGCAUCCUCACGGUACGGAAAUACCGCAGUAAGUCGAGUGAGGGCGUCAAUGCUUUCAUUGAGGAGGCUAUCAUCAGACGGGAGCUAUCUGAUAAUUUCUGCUACUACAACAAAAACUAUGAUUCUGUUGAGGGAGCCUAUGACUGGGCGAAGCAGUCACUUAAAUGCCAUGCCUCGGACAAAAGGGAGUAUCUUUAUACAAGAGAUCAAUUGUCUAAGGGGAAAACACAUGAUGACCUCUGGAAUGCAGCCCAGAUACAGAUGGUGCGAGAGGGAAAGAUGCAUGGCUUCCUGAGGAUGUACUGGGCCAAGAAAAUACUAGAAUGGACAGAAAGUCCAGAGGUUGCCUUGGAAACAGCCAUCUACCUAAAUGACAGAUUCUCUUUGGAUGGCCGGGAUCCAAAUGGCUAUGUUGGUUGUAUGUGGUCUAUCUGUGGCAUUCAUGACCAAGGAUGGAAGGAAAGGGAAGUAUUCGGCAAAAUCCGUUACAUGAAUUACGCUGGCUGUAAGAGAAAGUUUGACGUAGCUGCAUUUGUCACCAAGUACAGGGCCAAGACAAAGUAGCAACAAAAAGUACCAAAUACAGGGCCAAGACAAAGUAGCAACAAAAAGUACCAAGUACAGGGACAAGACAAAGUAGCAACAAAGAGUCCCAAGUACAGGGCCAAGACAAAGGAGCAACAAAAAGUACCAAGUACAGAGCCAAGACAAAUUAAAGUAGCAACAAAAGGAACCAAGUACAGGGCCAAGACAAAUUAAAAUAGCAACAAAAAGAACCAAGUACAGGGCCAAGACAAAUUAAAGUAGCAAAAAAAGGUACCAAGUACAGGGCCAAGACAAAGUAGCAACAAAAAGUACCAAGUACUCGUGUUUAUACAAGUGCAACCUUUCAUAUCAAUGUAAAAUGUGCAAGGAAUGCAUGGCCAUUUCUUGCAUUAUAAAAUAGGGAUUUUAAGACAACCAUUCUUGUCACCUCCAGAUUUACAAUGGAAGUUAUAUCAAUAACAGACUAAAGUAGGAAAUGUUUGGUAUGAAAUUUUGAAAUUACAUUGUAACUGUGAAAGUGUCAUCAUCCAUUUCUGUGUUAUAAUUUUGUCCAUAUAAACAGAAGAUCCCAGACAGGAAAAUUUUAUUACAAAUUAAACGUCUGAAUAAUCUAUAUAUAUAUGUCAAUGCGAUCAAUAGUUGUCCUAUUAUGCCAUUAUCUACCUCAAUGACAUGGCUUCUUAUUUCUCUAUAUGAAUACUCAUAAUACUGUUGUUUAUUAUGCAAUUGUUAGAUCUGUAUCUCAAGCACCAUUUUACAUGAAUUUAGUUUGUGUUCAGCUGUACAGGUAUGUAUGAAUAUAUUACGAUCCAUAAAUCAAAUAUAUUUGAAACAGAUUUACAAUUAUUUUCAUAGAAUCUCCUUGUAUUUUGUCUACUAUUUGUAUAGAAACAAUUUGAUGGUUGUUGCUGUCAGGUCUCACCACUGUCUCAUCUCAGUCUAUAAACCUGCAUGUCUUUGUUAAAGUAUCCAUAUCAUUAGGGUAUGAAAAUCAGAUUUGUAUAGUUUAUUUUCACAAACAAUUUCAUUGCUAUAACAACUUAUAAAAUAUUACUGCAAAUAUCAUGGCAGUUAUAUUAUUUAUCACAGUAUGAAGUUGUAUUUUAACUUGAUUUCAAGUUUAAUCUUUCUUAAUAAAAACAAAAUAUUCUAAAUGAUUGACUGAUAAUGCCAAUUGUGUUUAUUUUAACGGUCAAAUGUAUAAAUAGUUGAAGUCAACUUGAUCUGUUUAUUAAAUCUGUAAUACAUUAAAUGUUCUGUUAUAAUCCUUAAUUAUUUGUUUGCAAGUUCACCAUUGAGAGAUCUUACUGUUGUUUUUCUUAUACAAUAUUUUUGUUUUACAUCAAUUAUGAAACAACUUUUUUCAACUUAUAUAAAUCAGUCUUUGCUGGGCCUGAUAGUAGCAUGCAGGGGGUCUUCAUGUGGGAAGAAACUCAAGUACCCAGAGAAACUCCACAUGGUUGGGCAGGUGACCCGAUGUCUUUUCACUACUGAUUUCAAUACCUUGAACAGUUUUGUCAGAAAUUUUUGAUUUCAGUACGUUGAACUGUUUUGUCAGAAAUUGUUGAGGCUAGUACAUUAUGCUUUGUAAGCUGUUGUUGAAUUUGGUACUUUUUAACUGCUUGGUUAUCUAUCAUUACAUGAAACAGUAUUACAGUUGCUGAAUAUUAUAUCCAUUCAUUGAUCAAGUCAGUAGCUUGUUAUUAAAUAAUGACCACUUAUAAUAAACUGUUACGUUACCAAAUAAAUAUUGUAGAAUAGAAAAACAUGUCUUUAUUG